CAGGGAGCGGCAGCGCGGCGCAGCCCGGCCUCCGGCACAGCCCGGGGUGCCCGGCCGGGCCAGGCAGCGGCACCCGGGCCAUGGGCAACGACCGCUGGAAGGACGUGGGCGGCGCGGCGCCGCUCGAGCCCGGCCAGCAGGACAAGGCGCAGAGGAUGAGCUGCGGUUACAUCCUGUGCACGGUCCUCCUGUCCGUGGCCGUCCUCCUGGCUGUCACGGUGACCGGCGCCAUCCUCUUCAUGAACCACUACCACACACCCGUCACCGAAUCCCCGCCCAUCAUCAGCACCAACCCCGAUGAGGCCAAUGCCCUGGUCACCAUCGAGAAGGCCGACAGCUCCCGCAUCAACAUCUUCAUCGACCCCAACUGCCCGGACCAGGCCAGCAGCCUCACACGCCUGGAAGGCCUCCAGUCCUCCAUGCUGCGAGCCGUGACGGACCACAGCGCUGAGAUGAAGUCGUCCAAGGGGCAGGAGAGGGCUCUGCUGGCCUCUCUGGCAGACGAGGUGGCCAAGCUCCUCACCCACACCACCCAGCUGAGAGCCGACAGCGACAACCUGAGGAAGGGGCACAGCGCCAUGGGGCAGGAGCUCAGCGCCCUGCAGAAUGAGCAGGGGCGGCUGAUACAGCUGCUCUCGGAGAGCCAGACCAACAUGGCGCGGCUGGUGAGCUCGGUCAGCGAUGUCCUGGACACCUUGCAGAAGGAUCGUGGCCUGGCCAGGCCUCGGCUCAAGGCUGACUUGCAGCGAGCUCCGGCCAAGGGAGCCCGGCCCCGGGGGUGCUCCAAUGGCUCUCGACCGCGGGACUGCUUUGACAUCUACACGAGCGGACAGCAAGAGGACGGCAUUUACUCGGUCUUCCCCACUCAUUACCCCUCGGGCUUCCAGGUCUACUGCGACAUGACGACGGACGGAGGCGGCUGGACGGUCUUUCAGCGACGCGAGGAUGGCUCUGUGAACUUCUUCCGCGGAUGGGAAGCGUACCGGGAUGGAUUCGGGAAGCUGACAGGAGAGCACUGGCUAGGGCUAAAGAGGCUCCAUGUCCUGACGGUGCAGGCCAACUACGAGCUGCGCAUUGACCUGGAGGACUUCGACAACGGCACAGCCUACGCACACUAUGGUGCAUUCGGCGUGGGUCUCUUCUCCGUGGAUCCUGAGGAGGACGGCUACCCCGUCACCGUCUCCGACUACUCUGGGACAGCAGGAGACUCCUUCCUGAAGCACAACGGGAUGAGGUUCACCACCAAAGACCUGGACAAUGACCACUCGGAGAACAACUGCGCGGCCUUCUACCACGGCGCUUGGUGGUACCGCAACUGCCACACCUCCAACCUCAACGGGCAGUACCUCAAGGGGCACCACAGCUCCUACGCCGAUGGCAUCGAGUGGUCCUCUUGGACGGGCUGGCAGUACUCCCUCAAGUUCACCGAGAUGAAAAUCCGCCCUGCCAGAGAUGAGAAUUAGCCCGAUGGCAGACCCCCGACGGCGAGACCCCACGCCUGCCCUUGCCCCUGUGCUCCCUACCCCGCCACUCAGUAUCGUCUUGUCCGUGAGUCAGGGGCUGCCGAGGUGAGCGCCCCCCACCAGCCUGGUAACGUCCCGCUCCGGUCCCCCCCGCGGCAGGGGACGCGCUGCGUGCCAGGACAGCGUCCGGCUAGCCUCGCCCUCUCGAGCUGCGUGACCGCUUCCACGUGAGACAGCUCAAGAGAGGCCGUGUGGCAGCUCCCUGCAGAAGACGGGCAGGUUUCAGCACGGGGCAACCUUGGUGCUCCCUGGACAUGUACACACUCCCCCAAGGGGGAACACCCUCCUGCAUGUGUGACCCCCCUCAGACGGCUUCUCCUGGGGCAGCAGACUGGCCUGGCACAGGCCCUGCCAUGUGCUGACUACACGCGGGAAGGCAGCGGUGCAGAGCCUGCAUGGCGCUCUGCACCUGGCCCCGCUGCACCAGGGCUGCCAUCCCCCGUGCUCUGCAUGGGCACGUGCUCCUGUGGGAGCUGGACAGGGAUACAGCAUGCGGCCCCCUGCUUGCUGGGUGGCAGCUGGGGCCGGCCUGUGCAUUUACUGGCCGUUCUUCACCCACCCGCAGCCUGCACCCCGGGCCAGCCUCUGGCACACCGCCUCAUGCCUGUGAUCCCAAGCAAGCAGAGGCCCAGCCCCUGGCUCCCACAGCACCUCUCCGACGGGCUGGCUGCAUUGGCACCAGCAGCCCACCCAGCAGUCAGCUCCCUGAUGCCAAAGCUGGGUGAGAUCUGUGGCCUGGGCCCUUGCAAAGGAAAGCUGGCACUGCCCGGUCCAGCUGCCAUGGCCGAGAGCUGAAGCAGGCACCGAGGCUGCCGUGGAAGCCCUCGAGGAUACAUCUGGAUCCUUUUGGCUGCCAAGCCUGCAGGGCACGGGGUGACCCCCAGCCCAUCCUCGUGGGGACAACACCUUCGCUGCACAGUGGCUCUCACCUUUCCUGAGCUCCUCCUACGACUGAGCCGCUGCCCAUCACUGCCCAGCUCCUGCUGUGGCCCCGCAGUCUUGUCCGACCAAGAGGAGCCACCCUCCAGCUUGCCCCCCUGCGGAGAGUCAGAGCCUGUCACAUCAUUAAGGUGCUGCAAAACAACAAAAAAAAGUCCCACGGAGCAGGGCUUCAUAUCUGUGGGGCGCUGAUAACCAUACCGCAGCCUCCGCCUGCCAGCCGGGGCCUCACACUGGCCAAGCCAGGCGGCUUGUCCUGGAGGCACUCCAAGAGCCAUUGUCCUCCGAGGCUGGCUCAGCGGAAGAGGAGAGAAAGGCAGGAGGAUGAAGGGCAGCCACGGCGCAGCGCCUGGAAGUCACAGCGAGCGCAGCGGGGCCCUUGCCAAAGAGCCAUUCAGCAGAGCAAGCUGUUCAGCGCGGAGCCCAGAUGUUCCACCGCGGGAUCUCUGCCCAGCUUUCCUGCUACCCGUCCCCCUCCGGCAUUUAGGGUCAGUUUGGCUGGUCGCUCUGCAGGAAGCCACGCUGCAGGUAGAUGUCCAAGCAGCCCCCAGGGCUUGCAAGGAAAGGGCGGGGAGGGGAACCUGGCAGUGAUGCCGCUGCUGAUUGAGAUGCUGAGGAUGGCGCGCUGAGAGCAGGAAAGCGCUGGCCCCAUCUGCUCGCGGGGAAGAGGAUGCAGGUUGGGUCUAAGCUGGAAUUGCUUGCACAGAACUUAGCACCUCUAGAAUGAGGGGUGUGAAAGGGUCGAGCCGCUCCUGUUGUCACCCCAACGCCGCUCCUCCAAGGCCAGGCUGGGACCCAGAUCCCUUGGACUUUGGGCAGUGCCCCAAACACUCCUGGACAGGCCCCAGCUACCCACUGCAUCAUGCAGGCCAGCUGUGCGUAUCACUUCCCUCCUGCCCAGUGCUGGCAGGUGGAGGAGCGCCAGGCCGGCAGAUGGACGUGGAGCCAGGUGUGGGCUCUGAUGUCAGCGAUGGAGACCGUCCCCUGCCGAGGAGAUGGUGCAUGGCAGGACACUGCAGGGAGGAAGACAGCAACUGAAAAGGCUUUUGUAAACUGGCCUGCCAAGGACAGCGGGACGUCACUGCUAGCACAGGUCGCAGGGACUUGGAGGGAGAUACUCUCAUCAUACCUAGGUGCGGGAGGGAGUGGGGAAGGAUGUAGCUUUGGGUUAGAUGUCUGGAGCUUGCCAAGGUCCCAGCCUGUGGGCUGCAUUUGAGAGACCAUCCACGGACCCUCCUCUCACCCCUCUGAACAUUGGGCUUUUAGGAAAGGCCCAGAGCAGGUGCUGCGGUGAUGAGGGAGAGGAGGGUGCGACUGAUGUGGCAGGGACAGCCCAAGCCGCUCGUGCCCCCUGCUCCCCAGACCACAGCCUGCUCCACGCUACAGCACCCAGGGCAAGAGAGACUGUCCCUGCCCUGCCAAGCGUGUGACCCCCCCCCUCCCCUCGCAGACUGAGACUAGGGAAAAGGCAGGCGGUCCCAUCCCCAUCAUACAGCUGGGAACCCAGACAACCCCGAUUUGCCAUGUAGUGACAGUGGAAGAGGAGAAACUGGUGCUUGUCCCCAGCUCAGUCUUGCUUUUUUCUUUUAAAAGUCUCCUUAAAAAAAAUUUAAAUCACAGCAUGUGGGAGCUAGCAGGUCGUCGGCCACGGGACCGUUUGGCUUCCCAGGGACUGCCCCUAAAUAGCACGUGCAGAGAGAGGGGACAGGACCUCUUCUGCACUGGCGAUUACUGUGGUUUUCUCCACCCUGCUGCGUCGAGCCUGAACGUCCGAACUGAGCCAUCGAGGCCUGGCCGGGGUCAUUGACUGCUCUGCUCAGGAGACCGAUCCCCUCAACCGAACCAGCAGCCCUGUGAGUCCUUCUUCCCAUCCCCACCGCUCUACAUGAGACCCUCUCCCUCUUCCUACAGCCACAUGCCAGCUGAGUUAGCAUCACAAAGCAGCACAGCUUGGGGGCUUGGAGGCAAAGGACCCAAGCUGGGGAUUUCUUACCAGUCCUGGAGUUGUUGGGGGGAUGCACCAAUGCCCCCACCAAAGCUACCAGGGAGGCUGGGCCCCCAGGGGAUGAAUUCUGUGACCCUGUUCCCAAUUACAAGCCUUUUAUAGUCCAAUGGGACAGAUUGUGAAUAGUUUUUACAGCCUUUGCCUUCAGGAUGGAAGGAACUCAUUGCUGCAGGUGCCAGCCAGACCGUCAAUGCAGCAAGCCUCAUGCAAGCAUACAGGGUGCUCCCAGCCCCCCACCCCAGCCUGCUUUCCCGGGGGCUGAUCAAGGGGAAAGCUGCAGGCGCAGGGCUCGGUGACAGGGCCUUGUGGCCGUAGCUGUCCCCACAUCACCCCAGACUCCCAAGUCUGUUUUGAAUGGCGCAAGAGGUGCCUAAUCCCAUCGGAGGACGCGGGAUUUACAGGGAUUAGCUCUGAGUGCAUGUCAGUCUGCAGUCCCUUAAAGCAAAGCCUCCCUGCUAUGACACCUGCCCCUGGGAGGAGAAGGGAGGGCAAGACAUGCACAGCCAGUGACACCCGAUGCUGGGAGGGUGAGGGUUGUGCGGCGCAGCCCCUUUGUACCCACCUGGCCUCCUGCCACGCGGCUCCCAGACCUGCAGCACAGCCAACUUCAGGCCCUUCUCCAGCACAGCGAGGCCUCUUGCCCUCUGGGCUUGGUCUCAGGGCCAGGGGGGCUGUGGAUACAACAGUGUGUUGGGCUCCUGGCACACCCAGUUUCAAGCUGGGUACACUGAGGCAGGGUCCUGCAGGCACCUGGUGGCGUGUGGGCAGCAGCAGAGCAGGGCCACGGCUGAGGCAGGCUCGGGUGUGAGCUCCAGGGCGGGUUGUGGAGCAUAGCAGGGCAUCGCUGUCAAGGCUGGGUGUGAUCGCUGGGCCGGCUGUACACGUGGACUUUCGAACUCUUGAAUAAAAGGAACUCGUCGUUAUGUA